GCAAGGUGUGGGUUCACGCGUCAUAGAAAGCGGAAAUGAUUUAUUCAAGAGGCGGAUACUUACAAGUAUAAAUAUCACAUGAACAUAAACAGGAAUAAUAUCACAAACAUACAGCAAGAAGCUGAAGCACGAAAUUUUGAUCAAGACAAAAGUAAAAAGGUCAUCGUUAGUUAAGAACAAACAAUGGGAGAUGAUAGUAAAUAUAAAUAUCUGUUUAAGGUGGUUCUCAUCGGAGACGCAUCUGUUGGCAAGACUUGUCUGGUUCGUCGCUACGCCAAAGGACUAUUUAUCGGCAACCCAGGCGCUACAAUAGGAGUCGAUUUUAUGAUGAGAAAUGUGGACAUUAAUGACGAAAUGAUUAAGGUAUGUUUUCUUAUUAUAACUAUACUACAAAUUUGACAAUUUUGGGGCACAUUAAAAUAUAGACAUACUGUAUCUAUUAUUUAUUACGUCAUUGUUUGUCUAUUCUGUGGCAUUCUGUGUUUGCCUCAAACUUCCGGAAACUGCUAAUUUUUGUUUCGUGAAAACAAAUAGCCACAUUGUAUCAAAACGUCACUUGUCUGAUAGUUAGUGAUUCAUCUAAAUCGACAAAUUAGAUAAUUAUAUUAAUGAUAAUUAAUGUGUAUGACUUUCAUUAACUACAUUCAUGUCGCGUCUGCUGCAUGAUAUAUUAGUUCUAUGUGUUGCACUGUUGUUCAUAAGUUUCAAGUUCCAUUUUCGUGAAGUCACGUACCGUUCUACUUUUCAAUUAUCCGUCGAGUACACUCUCUUGCUUAUAUAAGGCAAGAUUAUGGUUAUUUCAUGUCAAACCAAUAUGCUUCUCAGCUCCCAAGAUAGAGGAGCUCUAUGGAAAAACUACAAAUACUCAAUGACUAUGUGAUUACGCAAGAGAGAAGCGCUUCACCAUAUCAGGCACGUUCGCCAUAUUGCAAUAUUUAGAAGGAUAUUCAAUCAAGCAUUUAGUUUGGGUUUAAAAGCUAUUCGACUUAUUCAUAUCUUAAUACGAAUUUUUACAAUAUUACCCAAUUCAUUACCCCGAGCAUUACCCAUGAGAAAGCUUCGGACUGAUAGGAUGCAUGCAACUACCUGAAAAAUACAAAGACAACGAUGUUCCGAGGGCCUUUACUCGAAACGUGGAAAUUCUCUUUGCAUUUUUCACGUAGUUGCAUCCCAGUCAAUCCGAAGCUUUCUCAAUAGGGUAACUCACUUUCCUAGCUAUACUCUAUACGUCGAGUUUAUGCAAGAAUAUAAACAUAUAUCUAACUAAAUAAACUUAAUAAAGGCAGAGUUCUGUUUCCCACCGUUUGAUUAAUCUAACGAUGCAACUGAUAGUAUCCCAAGUUAUAAAAUGUGUAAAAAAAACUGCAUUUUGACUUUGUUUGACUGUUUGGUGACGCACUACACGGAACAACAAGUGAAAUGAAGCGUCUGCAUAUAGAAAUAAUAUUGUACAGAGAAAGUUGGCGGAUUUCUUACAGCAUUCCUCAUCAUUAACUAAGUGUUAUCUCGACAAUAAUUUUUACUCUUCCCAAUAACUUCAUUGAAGAGAUAAAGGGCUCGAGUUUAUAGCAGUAAUUCUCGUUAUUGCUGAUUGGAUUAUCCUGGUGAAAUAAAGCUCCUCCUUCCGUUUUCCUCCAAGAAUCUCCAUGCACAGCUACAAACAAGCGCAUAUUUUCUUUUGUGAUGCCCUGCAUUUUCUUUUCCUAUAUUGCAGCUCCAAUUAUGGGAUACUGCUGGCCAGGAGAGAUUUCGAUCGCUUACUCACAGUUAUUAUAAUAACGCUCAUGCAGUCGUCAUUGUCUAUGACAUCACGAAUAAACGGUCAUUUGAAAAUCUACCAUUGUGGUUGGACGAUGUUCAGAGAUACUGUAAGAAGGAUGCAAUCAAGAUUCUAGUUGGAAAUAAGAAAGACUUGAAUGAUCAACGACAGGUUGAAUGUGAUAUGGCCAAAGAAAUUGGUUCUGCAUGUGACAUUGUCACCAUGGAAACAUCAGCGAAGGAUGACGAAAAUGUUGAUGUGCUGUUUGAUAGUAUUGCUCUGGAACUCAGUCAACGACUCAAAAAUACAGAUGACGAAGAGAGCACUGCAGUAUUAACGGACGAACAAACUAUUACUAUCAAAACAAACAACAACUGUAUCAACAAUAAUAGUGAAAAACUACCAUAUACGACGAGUUGUUGUAAAAUAUGAUAUUUUAAAUAUUUUAUGUUAUUAUGUAUAUAGCAAGGGAGAACAAAUAUUAUAUAACAAAUGUAUUCUAUAAAAUAGCUGUUUGUAGAAUCAAAGGUAAAAAUAUUAUUAAAAUAUAUAGAACCACAGCUAAUGUAUUUGUAUGUUACCUACAUAUCAUGUGUUAACCUAGCCUGUUCAGCAGACCCCAUCCGAAAAUUCGAAGUGCAAACCGGCCCUUUUAAGAAGCGACGAUUUCGGGUAUCCAAGGGAAGUGGUAUACAUUAGGGAAGUACUGCUGCCUAAAAACGUCAACCCUUAUCCUAGGCGAGGUUUAAAUCUGCUAACCACUGGUAAAUAUCUAUUUUGCUCAACCGCGUCCGGUAGUAGAGAAAUACUUGUCACAGUGAGGGUGAGUUGCAUGGCAAGUGCGUAACAAAUUUUCUUUCUGUGCGAUGAAAAUAUUUGAAUAUAAUUUACCGUCUUCGUAGUGUUGCCGCUAGGACCUAUGUAUAUUGAGCUUUGAGGCCAAUCUCGUACUCACUAGGGAACUGGUGCUUUUCUCUGCCACACUCUGCAGCCACCCCGCCCUGCGUACUUUUAGAUCCACUUUAAGGCUGUUUCCAAUCUCGUACCCAGAGAUGGUGGGUACGAGAUUGGGCUGCUUCCAGUUUUCAUACGGCAAGCGAAAAGACAUAAAACAUUGAAUGCAUGAUUUUAUAAACUUUAGAAGAUUUAAUUUUCCCAUGCGUAUACGUAUAAAAAUGCCAGGCUGGAAAGCAGCCUUUUAAGGAGAAUUUUCUGUACACAUGCACGGAGAUAUUCCCUGGAUAAACCACCAGGAAAGGAUUUUGUCUAAACCUAAUAAGUCUUACAUUUCCUAGUUGCAUUUUAUUUCUUAUUCUUUAAUACCCAUAGUAGUCAGACCCCCGCAAUGUACAGUCAGUUGGGAGAUUAACGAGUUGUUUUUAACUCUUCAAUUCGAUAGUUUACCAUGGAGAGAACAGUAAGGGUGAGUCAUAAGUUGAUAAAAGCUUUUCAUCAAAUAUAUUAUUCUUUAAACAUGCUCUGUCAUCGUUGGUGAGAGGAGAAUUAGGACUACUUGCAUCAACAUUCGAUUCAGUACAGGCGAGUAGAGCAUUGGUGGGUAAAUCUUGAAACUUGCCUCUUGAUUUUAUUUCCUCUUCUUUUGAGCCAUUUACAUAGCUUUCAUCUUCAAAAAGCAGCAAGGAAUUUUCAGUCCACUUUUCAAGCGGCGUAGUAUCUCGCACAAGCGGCGAACAAGGAUCAGGAGAAUCGUUUAGAUUUUCUUGUGAAAUAUCCACCGCAUUCUUCAAAUUAGAAUUGUUUGAACAACAGGUUGACUUCUUCGAGCUUAACAUACAUCUCAACAAGUUUUUUGAUUUCUGCUUUCCCUUAAUCCUGGAUGAUACUUUAAAUGAAGGUUUUUGACAUGUAGUUUUCCGUGAAAGGGAAGAACGUAAACAGUUAGAAAUACAUCCAAACUGUGACUGUAAGAUAGGUGUAGAUGUUAAACCAAGUUUAGAAUGUUGUUUCUCUGCUGUUGGAAACAUCUCAUGACUCUCAUCAUAAACUACGAAAGUAUUUUUCUCCGUAUCAUUAGGAUUUCUUUCAGAAGUUGAGAUAAACUCAGUAUAAAUCGGGGAAAAUGAAGAAUUAAUGAUGCCUUCUAAAUCAGAAGUUUUAUGACAACUGCGAUUUGCUAAGCUCGGUGUGCUCGUUAAACAGGUUUUGGGCUCACGAUCACAACAAACGAUAUGGGAAUCAGAAGUGGAUUCGAGUUCUCCAGAUUCUCCUGGGCAGCGUUUAUCAUCUUUGUAAUACGGUUGAUUCAGGUUUCCAUCAAUUUGUUCAGGUUUUGUUGUUAGCCAUGUGAAACUGAUCUCUGCAAGGAAAGCAUCUAAGUCUUCUGACGUCGGUGAAUCAAACAUAUCAAAUUCAUUAUAGGCAUUAUUGACAUUCGGGGAGUGUGUGACAAGCCUAGGGAGUUCUAGAUCUUUAUCUCGUCCCGAAGGACCUUCAUUACCACAAGCUGCUUCACAAGAACUGUCGUCAGUAUUCACGACAUGUGAUUUAGAACAUAUAUCAGCAAUACUGGUAGGAAGACGCACUGGCUUGAGAUUUUCUUUUUCUGAUACUCUUUUAGAAAACAGUGCGACUUUCGGAGAUAGACUUUCCGUGACAGAUCCACUGUUAGGGCUGUCCUCUCUAAUACUUGUCCACAUACACGGAUCAUUGGUAUUUGAUGUACAACAAAAUGAUUGUUGCAAGUCACUUAGAGUUAAGUUUUCUUCACAUAUAAUACUCGACUUUCCUAAUUGUGAACUAUUGCCUUCAACUUGGUCACGCUCAAAACAAGCCGAGCGCUGGCCGUUUUCAAAAUCACAUGAAAGGUGUCGCAAAACGUCAGUGUUGUUGUUCGACUCAUGAUAACUGGACAACAUUGAUAACACGAAGUUAUUUUUGUUACUGCUUACCCCGAGAAGAUUGCGUGGUGAUACAGCAUCAUGUAUGUCACAGUCUGUUUCAUCCAUUGAUAUUCUGCUUUCCUUAUUUGCAAUAGAACGUGAACAAUCGUCAGUCGUGCAAUUGCCAGCAAUUCUCCAACUGUCUAAUAAAACACUAUUUUCAAAGUGGCUAAGAUAUUCUAUAAGAACGUCAGCUAUGGAUCUAUGUUUCGUUUCAUUCUGAACUCUACAGAUUCCAUUGGCCAGUAGUUCAGGUACUUUGCAGUACCUGCCGAAGUUUGUUGCUUUAGAAGCCGGUAGCACAUUAGCUUGCAGUUGAGAACUAUUUUUACCUGUAUUACCCAAGCGGAAAGCCAGGUAAGCCAUCUCUCCGACAAAACAUUUCUCCAUUGCUAUGUGAACCAUCUUGUGAAUAUCAAGCCCUUGAAGUGAGUUUUUUCUUUCGCAUUUCAUCACAUAUCU